AUGCUGGACCUCGAUAAGGAAGCGCGGAAGAAACAACUCCAGCGAGAAAUUGCCAUCGAUGUUGGACUGAAAACCGACAUCCAAAAUGGUCGAUUGGCACGAGUCGAAUUGGAUCCCGACAACUACAAAGAUGUUAGCCUCGAUCCGGACUAUAUCAAAGCCAAGGCCAAGAAAGAACGCAUCGAAGAAGGACGACUUGUCCAGAAAUCGCUCGUCGAUCAAUUUGCAAAGACCUCCGAUUCCCAAACCAAAAUCUUGAAUGAGAUUCUAUCCGUCGCUAAACCAUUGGCGAUUUUACCGGCCGGAAAUGAGGAUGCGCUGAUGCCGGUGGUCGGCGCCAACGGACAACUGAAUCCGGAUGCACCGCUGGACAUGGCCAUCCAAUUCACCCACAAAUCGUUGAGUGCCCAAAUUGCGGAUUUAACGCAGGCACUCAACUCCGCUCCAUCGGGAGUCUCGAGAGGAUG